UUAAAAAUUUUUAAUAUCAGUUAACUUCAGUGUCAUAAUUAAAAAAUAAUUCUGUGUUUACUCACGUCACAUUUACGUUUAUUGUCAAUUUUAUAGCCUAACAAUUUUACAAGUGUUUUUAUUUUAUUUAUUUACAUUAAAAAAUGAGUGUAACACUUCAUACAGACGUUGGUGAUAUUAAAAUUGAAUUAUUUUGCGAGUUAUGUCCUAAAACAUGUGAAAAUUUUCUAGCACUAUGUGCGAGUAAUUAUUACGACGGCUGUCUGUUCCACCGCAAUAUCAAAGGAUUCAUAGUUCAAACCGGUGACCCGACACAAACAGGCAAAGGAGGUACGUCGAUAUGGAACAGAAAAUUUGAAGAUGAAUUCAAAGAAGAACUUAAACAUAAUGUCAGAGGUUUGGUCUCGAUGGCCAACAACGGGCCUAACACGAAUGGCAGUCAGUUCUUUAUCACAUAUGCUGCUCAACCUCAUCUAGACCUCAAGUACACGCUCUUCGGCAGAGUUAUCGAUGGAAUGGAUACGAUAGAACAGUUGGAGAAGCUGCCAGUCAAUCCUAAAAAUUACAAACCACUGACUGAAACUCGCGUGAACAGUGUGACGAUUCAUGCGAAUCCUCUUGCUGGAUAAAUUGAAAUUAAAAAAUUAAAAAGCUGUAUAUAGCGAUCCAUAAGCGCCGUAAUAAUCAUAAGGAGGUAUCAGAGUUAUUUUACCAGGUUGAUACCACCCAGGUCGCUCCCAUCCUUGUGCUUCUUCCAUCACAGCUCCAUUUUUAAUCAGCAACUGAAAUGCGUCAUAAA